AUGUCUCAUUCCAAGCAGCCCAGGAGCCAAGGGAAGAGGAAAGACGGCAAGAAUAGGCCCAGAGGAGGAGUGCGAGGAGGAGCGGAGAGCUCCAUAGGAGACCCUUUUGCUCUCUCGGAAGAGCGUCUGGUGUCGCUUGAUCUGGAGGGUGGCUUGAAUCAACGGAGGGACUACUCUGAAGCAUGUCGCGAGCUCUCUCUCCUGCUCCGCCUCUGCUACUCCCUCUCUCCCAAGCACGUGCAAUCCCACCUCUACUUUCUCGCUCAACAAGCCAUUGCCAACCUCCCCUGCAUGGACGGCGCUCUGCACAGGUCAGCAGCACGCCAGCUCAUCCAGGCGUGUCAGGCGGCGCUGCCACGUCAGCGCAAGCAAGCGGUUACCGCCGAGUACAAGCGACUCUGCGUCAUGCUCGCUCGGGCGGAGAAGAAAUCCGAGAGUGCAGUGGAAGAGGAGGAGGAGGAGGAGGAAGAAGAGGGGGAUGAGCAGCAACAGCAAGAAGCAAAUGACUUCAAUGGAAGCUCCAAACAGGGUUUCCAGCCCUUGAACUUUGAAAAAUGCUCCAGCAUGCUCCCUCUGGUCCCCACCUCUCAAACAUGCUCCAUCACUUCUACUCCCCCAUCUCUCCCUCCUCUCCCCUCUGACAUCCUCCAUCUCCUCUUCUCUCACCUGGACCCUCUCUCACUUGCCCGAGCCUCUGCUGUAUGCUUCCACUGGAGGGAGAUUGCAGCUGCUGCCGAACCUGACUGGGUGACGCACCUCGCUGCUUGCCUCGGUUCCAUGCCUGCUGCUGAGGCUCGGGAGAGCAGGGAUGGGAAGGGCCGAGCUGGAGGAGAGGUGCAGGAGGGGCAGACGCCGUUGUGGCAGGAGUUUGUUUCUCAGUGUGCAAGGGCUACACCAUUAUCCUCCUUACAGUCCAACCGGGUUGUGGCAUCCCUCUCUGACGAGUUUGAGGGGGAGGAGUCCAGUGACGAGGAUGGCGAAGGAGUUGUGGCAUCCCUAUCUGACGAGUUUGAGGGGGAGGAGUCCAGUGACGAGGAUGGUGUUGGAGUAGGUAGAACUGGUUACCGCUCCAACGCAUCUACUGUCUCACGGUUUUGGUAG